CAAAAAGAGAAAAGAAGUGAGAAAUAAUUGUGCAAACGGUUCCAAAAAUAGAAAAGACAGAUCAGAGAAGUGGACUGGAGACACAGAGAGAGAGAGAGAGGAUGAUGAUGAUGAAUGGUGGAAAAAAGCAAUAAAAGAUUUGAUUUUGCUCCAAUGGCGAUAAAACCAGAGGUCUGAGUUUCGUCUCGUCAGAGUCGCCGAGCAGGCACCGACCCGAUUCCGAAGUUCAGCUCAGCUCAACAGGAGACGAGAGAAAAAGGGACGACCAAACCGGAGGCGCCCACUGGGACAGGACAGGGACGGUGCCUGCCACUGGUCGUGUCCGUUUCGGUCGGUUAGCGGUGUUCGCCAGGGACAAUGUGUCAGCUCACCUUAAUAAUUUAAAGGUCCCUAUCCCUUCAGUCGGAGUCGGAGAAAGAUUCUCCCCUUCCUUCCCUUCUUCCAUUUCAUUUCUUGCCAAGCUUUUUGGGGCAGAAGAAAGAACGGGCAAUGAGUCAAAUCCAUUGUCUCUGCUUCUGCUUCUCUUUAUCCUUAACUGUGAUCGGGUUCUCGUAGCACCCAUUAGAGAGAGUUAGAGGGACCUCCCAUUAGAUUUACAUUAUUAUUUAGGAAAAUGUCGGAGUUGGUGGCCCGCACCGGCCGUCACCAGCAGCGUUACAGGGAUGGCUUCCGCCUCGUCGCUGGGUGUAUCCCGUUCAAGUACAGGGGCCCUGGUGAAGAAGUUGUUGAAGUGCUCAUGAUCAAUUCAACCAGUGGACCUGGUCUUCUGUUCCCCAAGGGAGGCUGGGAGGACGACGAAACUGAUAAGGAGGCUGCACUCCGUGAAGCUUAUGAAGAGGCUGGAGUUCGUGGAGAUUUAGUGGAUCUGAUCGGGCACUAUGAAUUCAAGAGCAAGACCCUGCAGGACGAGGAGAGCCCUGAAGGCUGGUGCAAGGCCGUGAUGUUCGCCCUGCUGGUGAAGGAGGAACUCCAGUCUUGGCCCGAGCAGAACACUCGACACAGAACUUGGCUGACCAUCCCAGAGGCAAUCGAGUGUUGCAGGCACCCUUGGAUGAGACAGGCCCUCGAACAGGGUUUCUCCAAGCGGCACACGGGUGUCGUCGAGGUCGGUAUAUGUAAGUCCUCCUCAAAAUAACAUCUGGGCUUCGUCCUUCCUUCUCAUCUGUGAAGAAUGAUAAUUUGUUUGAGAUUUUUAUGCAGUAUUACCUGCAAAAACAUUUUGUCUGAUCUUUCUUUAUGGGGUAAUUUGUGAAUAGACUUCUCGCGCAUUCGAUUGUUGUCUAAAACAUACAUAUCUCAUUAGACUUUGUUCGAAUA